CAAUCAACAACUUAGCGAAGGAGGCAAGGUUUCUACUUUGCACUUUAUCCCCACGCGCCGAAAACGCGGUGGGUGUCCAACACUCGACAAGGAGCUUAUGGAGGAAGCAGGGAGCUAUCCUGCAUAUUAUUAUAUAUCAAAUCACAAAGAAGACGUAUUAAGAAGGGAAUCAAAUCCUUCUGUUGCAGAGUAGGCAAUUGAGCGCCAAAAGGAAUUCCUUUUUUCCCCCACUUUCAUUGCUCAUUUCCACCUUGCAAGGUGGCUAAAACUCUUGCCUUUUCAAGCAGCUGUUUGAUUGAGGAUUCACAUAAUAGUUUCAUUGUUUAGUGUCAAAAUAUAUUUAAAUGGAAGCAUCUAUGUUGAACACACAAUACGAUGGUAAGGAUGGAAAGGCAUUAAAAGCUUUGUUUGAGGCAUUUGGCCCUUUGUUUUCUCCUCAAGAUAUAGCUUCUGCUUAUUAUAAGGCGGACCAGAAUGCAGAUUUGGCUGGUUUAAUCCUGUAUGACAAGCAGGAAAGCACCUUUACCUCUUCUGUUACCAAUGGUGGUGCAAGAACUGUAGAAUCUUCCAAAUCAUCCUAUGAUACACUUUCUAAGAGAUCAUGUUAUGCAAAUGGAAAGUUCAGAGCUUCAAAGCAAAAAUGGCGUCCAGUUUCAGGAGGCACUAUUUCAAGCAUUCUUGGAAAAGAAUAUACUAAGUCCAUGCCACUAGCCAACAGUUACUGUAUGGGAAAGAAACCAAUGAAACUGGAUGCAAAGGAAUUGCCAAUGUCUGAAAUAUGGGGAGAGGAAACUAAAGUGAACCCAUCAAAGAAUGAUCAUAUGUAUAAGGAUAUAGAAAAUUUUCUUUUCAGAAUGCUAGGAGACGGCUUUCAGCUGGAAAGAGAUGAUAUUCGAGGAGUUCUUGAUAAAUGUGGAUAUGACAUGCAAAAGAGUAUGGAGAAACUGUUAGAUGUUUCUGCAGUUACUUCGGACGAAGAGAGCAAGUGCCGUGGUAAAUCCACUGGAAAGAUUUUUGAUUUGCAUUCAAAUUCUGAAGAGCACUCAUAUCAAAACAAAGUACCGCUGGUGAAUUCCCUUAGGGGUGAUGCAAAUGGAAUUUCAAAUAUAAAUUAUGGAGGACUGCCUGAACAAGAGAGGAGAAAUGAUCUUGAGAAGGAAGUUUUGGUUGCAUUGUUUAAUGGUGAUGAUAGACCUCAACAAUCAUCUAGAAAGGCAUCACAGGCAGCCAGGAGGGCUAAGGUAUUAGGAGAACUGGCGGUUGAACUUCCAGGAGAUUUUACCUUUGAACACAAGACUGUUUCUGUUGGUUCAAAGCAAGAUAAAUGCAAUGAUGAAGAUGAAGAUGAAGAGGAUAAUUACCAGCAGCUUCGUAGAGCUGUGAAGGAGUACCGAGUCACAAUGAAGGAAUAUUAUAAAGCUGCUGCUGACGCAUUUGCUAAGGGAGACCAUGAUCGAUUUAACAAACUUAUGGAUGAGGGACAACUUUUUAAUGAAAAGGCUCGCAAGGCAGAUGAAGAAUCCAGCAAGAAGAUUUUUGAAACCAAAAAUGUAGAUACAAAAGAUGAAUUACCACUUGACCUGCAUGACCAUGAUGCCAAGGAGGCAAUGCGUCUUUUGAAGCGUCAUCUUUCGACACUUUCAGGCAUCCCAUCAAUUAAGUACCUGAAGGUCAUCAUUGAGACAGAUGAGGAAGAUACCUCAAAAGGGGCUCGCAGGAGAUUGGUAAUGAAGCUGUUGGAGAAGGAAUUAAUUAAGUGGGAAGAAGGAGAAAAUGCUGGGACAAUACUAAUUCGUUUGGAUGAAAUCAACCGAAAAUCUUUGAGUUUUGCUAAAUGAUAAGUGUAUGCAGCCUGCUUGAUUGAUCAUUUUCAACAAAUUGCAAUUUACUAUUAUGAUAAGAAAUUUCCACAUUGAGAUACAUUUUCAUUUUUUUUUUUCUGUUUAUUUAUAAGCUCCAACUGGGAAAUCACUUGUAAAUUUGAGCUUCAUUCUCGUGUUGCCUCAAAACUCCAGAAUAGCAAUAGAUGAAGUCGGGCAUGGUUUGGUUUAAA